AUGCCACAUGAUGACUGCCAUUUUUAUAUUGGUAAGGACCAAGAAACUUUGUGGAUAAAUAAUCCGCCAGCACUACCAGGGAAACCAAAACCUAAGAAUAUAAUUAAAGCCGCACCUGGCCCGAAACGCAGUGGUAGAGAAGCUAAAACUGAAAUCGAAAGUUUUCUCAAUUUGUUUGAUCCUGAGAUAAUUGAUUAUGUCGUUGCAAACACAAACAAGUACAUAAAUAACAAGAGAUCAUCUCUGAAUUACUCAAGGGCUAGAGAUUGCAAAACUACUUAUGCUUCUGAAAUAACGGCUCUUUUAGGAGCACUGUUUCUCAUUGCUUUACAAAGAGGAGGGCGCACAAAUGUAUUAGAACUGCAGGCAUCAAAUGGAACAGGAAUGAUUAUUCUAAGGGCAGCAUUUAGCUACAAGCGCUUUCUGUUCUUGCUCCGGUCACUCAGGUUUGACGAUACUUCUUCAAGAAAAGAACGACUAGCAACUGAUAAACUUGCUGCCAUCCGCAAUCUCCACUCAGCAUUUCUGAACAACUGCAGAAAUAACUACAGUCUAGGGGAGUUCACAACCAUAGACGAAAUUCUUGUCCCAUUUCGCGGACGUUGUGGUUCUGUUCAGUACAUGCCCAAUAAGCCCGCUAAGUAUGGAUUGAAGUUGUAUGCAUUGUGCGAUAGCAAGAUAUUUUGUACUUUUAAUUUUGAAGUACACUGUGGCAGACAGAAUCCUGGACCACAUGUUGCAUGUAACCAGCCAAUGGAUAUUGUGAAGAGACUGGUUGAGCCAAUCAAGGGAACUCACAAGAAUGUAACUACAGACAACUACUACAGUAGUUACCCUGUAGCCCAGCAUCUUUUAGAAAAUGGGCUAACGUUCAUUGGAACAUAG